UUUGGUUUGAAUGUGGUUGCUCUUCAUCUUUACUUAUAUUGGGUGGGUUUGGUGAGACAAAUUUAACUAAAAGAGUAAAAAACCAAAUGAUGAAUUACUAUUAGAAUUGGAACUUGGAGCAAAAGUAAUUGAAGAGCGAAUUUCGAAAAUGGCUGAACUGAAGGGCAAUCAUAAUGUUCUAGUUGCUGCUAGGACUCUGUUGAUGAACAGUUUACAAAACUCGAAAGCUACCGCUACUAAUCUAGACGAAACUGCGAAAAAAGUUGAUCAGAUUAGGCAAAGAUUGGCAAAUCUUAAUGAUACUCUUUGGCAGAAAUGCAGUUGCUCUUCAAUCAAAGACCAAAUUGAUGGUGCUGUUUGCCCUGCCAUGGCAGUAGUGGAGGUUUGCAAGUCUAUUCGGGAGCUGGAGAAGGCGCUCGUCUUUAACAACCCGCAUUCUGAUGUUCGCGCUUAUUUAUUGUUGAUCAAACAAUUUGAGCAGGCUUUGAAAUUUCUGAGUGACAACUGUGGCCUAGCAAUUCAAUGGCUUGUGCAGUUUCUCGACGAAAAUAAGGUUUCGUAUGCAUACAAAGUGGAGAUGUGUUUGAGAAUCGUAAGAAAAAUACAAGAUAGUCAUGUCAAUGGUGAGAUUCUCUGCGUAGCAUUCGACAAACUUGAAGACGAAUUCGAGCAACUUCUAGCUGUCGCUCCGUCAAUAAUCGUAAACUUGAAGCUUCAGGCUAUUGCUGCGAAACUGAAUGAUAAUAACAAGCUUGAUUGGUGCUUAGCAGCAUACAUAGAAGUUCGUAGUCGGGUGGCGAAAACAAGUUUAGAAGCUCUUGAUUUGAAUUAUCUCGACAUGUCGGUGACAAAAGUAGAUGAUGUGCAAGAUAUCGGAUGCUUUAUAGAUCAAUGGUGUGAGCAUUUCCAUUUUGCAGUCAAGCAAAUCCUCGAGGCAGAGUAUGAACUCUGUAUCCAGGUUUUCGAUACCUUCAAUUCCAAUGUUUGUUUUGCAAAAAUUGCUACUCAAUCUGGAAUUAUUUCACUCCUUCAUUUCGGAGCAAAAGUUACGGAAUGUAAGAAAGACCCUGUCAAGCUCCUGAAGCUAUUAGACAUUUUCUCAACUUUAGACAGCUUAAGAGAAGACUUCAACCGCCUUUUUAUAGGCAAAGCAUGCGGAGAAAUCCAAAAUCUCACUAGAAUCCUCAUCAGGAAAGUUGUUUGCGGAGUUUGUGAGAUUUUUUGGGAGCUUCCAUAUCAAGUAGAGCUACAAAGGCCAAGUUCUCCUCCGUCAGAUGGUGGUGUUCCGAGGCUAAUAAGCUUCGUAACUGAAUACUGUAAUCAUCUCCUUGGCGACGAUUACAAGUCCUUAUUGAUAAAGGUUGUAACAAUUUAUCAAAGCUGGAAAAACGACAAGUACCAAGAGACGGUUGUUAGCAGGCAGAUAACUGCGAUAAUGAAGGAAAUGUGCAUGAACUUAGAUACAUGGUCAAAAACAUAUGAAGACAAGGCAAUGUCCUACCUAUUCAUGAUGAAUAACCAUUGUCAUUUUAGCAACAUGAAGGGCACACCCGUUGGAGAAAUGAUGGGGAAUUGUUGGAUUACGGGGCAUGAGCGAUACAAGGACUAUUACAUGAGACUUUACUUGAAAGAAACAUGGGGCAAUAUUAUCUAUCUUCUAAGCCAAGAAGAUGAUGAUUCUGUGACGACGAAGAAGAAAAUAUCACUCGAGGCGUUCAAUGAAGCGUUGGAAGGAAUGUACGAAAAGCAAUCCGAAUUGGUUGUUCCUAAUGAAGAAUUGAGGCUAAGACUCUGUGGAAUGGCUGUUCAGGCUUUAGUUCCUCUAUAUAGAAUCUAUUUGCAGAGUUUUACACAUGCUGAUGUCAAAUAUACAUCACAAGGAUUCGAAACUAUGCUUAUUAAUUGGUGGUUGUAAAUAUUAUGACAAUAAGUGAAUAAUUUAUAAUCUUAUAUGAUGAAUUAGGUUCAUAUAGA